AUGUUGAGACAACUUGUAAAACUUACGAGAUCGCGGAAUUUUUGUGCUGCUGCGGCGAAAACAGAAAAAGUCAGAAGAUCAAUUCCAGAAGGUCGGUUCAGAUCUCGGCGUUAAUUGACACGAGUAAAAAACAGAUUAUUUUUAGAUGGUCCCACGCUCUCAGAUUUUAUUCAAAAAAGUUCGAGAAAACCAAGACAGGCUGCAAUUAUUCCGUCAAUUGAGAAAACAAGCGAAUAUUUGAGGCCUGAAGAUUUGGAUGGAAAUAAGAAAACAGGUUUGAUUUUCAGAUUUUUUUCUCAAAAAAACAAAUGAAAAAUUGGUUUCAGUCUGUUAUGUAACUUAUGGUUGCCAAAUGAAUGUUUCGGAUAUGGAAAUUGUUCGAUCAAUAAUGUCUUCUCAUAAUUAUAUCGAAACAACAGAUCGAGAAUCAGCUGAUAUUGUUCUUUUAAUGACAUGUUCGAUUAGAGAAGGAGCUGAAGUCAAAGUCUGGAAUAAAUUGAAAUUCAUCCAACGAAAUUCGAAAAACAAAAAACAUAUUGUGGGAGUAUUAGGUUGUAUGGCAGAAAGAGUUCGACACGAAUUAUUGGAGAAGAAAAAUUUGGUGAAUAUUGUUGCUGGUCCGGAUUCUUAUCGAGAUCUUCCACGGUUAAUAGCAAUUGCGAAUGGUGGUUCAAAUGCAAUUAAUGUGCAAUUAUCAUUAGAUGAAACAUAUGCUGAUGUUCAACCAGUUCGAGUUGAUACACAUACUAAAACUGCUUUUGUGUAAGUUCAAGUUUUGAAGGUCCUCUGAAAGCUGAAUAGGAAAAGGUGUUUUUUUAAAAAUAUAUGAAAUUAGCAAAAAAAAAUUAAACAAGUAUUUUUUUUUGAAUUACAAUCCGAGAAUCAGAACAAAUAGUUUCGGAAGAAUUUAUUUUCAAAAAAAUUCACACAAAGUUUUGUUAUCACCAUUUUUACAUCGGACACCGCUAUCAAACUUUAAUUUCAGCUCAAUAAUGCGAGGAUGUGAUAAUAUGUGUACAUAUUGUGUAGUACCAUUUACCCGCGGAAAAGAACGAAGUCGACCAUUUGAUUCGAUUGUUGAAGAAGUCAAAAAACUUCGUGAUGAAGGAUUCAAACAAAUCACUUUAUUGGGUCAAAAUGUGAAUAGUUAUCGAGAUUUAUCGAGUUUUGAUUUUUCAACACAACCAACAACUUCAGAUCGUGUUCCUGGUUUUAAAACUGUUUAUAAGUGAGUUGUUUUAAUAGAGAAUUUUUGAAAUGAAAUUUGUAGACCAAAAAUUGGUGGUAGAACCUUCGCAACUCUUCUUGAUAAAGUGUCUGAAGUUGCUCCAGAUGUUCGAUUUCGAUUUACUUCUCCACAUCCAAAAGAUUUUCCAAUGCAGGUAAAUUUGAAAAGAAGAGAGAAACCCAUCUGAAAUUGUAUGAAAAUUCAAAUUUUCAGCUGAUCGAAUUAAUUGCUUCUCGCACAAAUCUCUGCAAACAACUUCAUCUUCCAGCUCAGAGUGGAAAUAAUGAAACACUUGAAAGAAUGGGAAGAGGAUAUACAAGAGAAUUAUAUUUGAAAUUGGUUGAUGAUAUUAGAACUAUUCUACCAGGUAAAUAAGUUUGUUGUGAAAUCUUUCAACGAUUUUUUCAUAGAUGUUUCAUUAUCUUCCGAUUUUAUUGCUGGAUUUUGUGGUGAAACAGAAGAAGCACAUCAACAAACAUUGGAUUUGAUGAGAACUGUCAAAUAUUCAUUUUGCUUUGUUUUUCCAUACAGUAUGAGAGGGGUGAGUUUGGAAUUUUUAGCAAAACUUUCAAAAUGCUCUUUUCGAAAUUCGAAUUUUUAGAAAAAAAGGAACACAAUUGUUCUUGCAAAAAUUCGGAUUCAGGCUGAAUAAAAUUUUAAAAAAAUUCAACGUGGUUUCAAAGUUUUCUAAAAAAAAUUUCAUAAAUAAAUUGAAUCAUUUCAUAAAAUUGUAAAAAAAAUUCCGUGGAAAUUUUUGAGAAUGAGCUUGGAAUUCUAGAAUUCGAUCCGGUAAAAUCGGAUUUUUGAACUUAAAAUUUUCAAACAAGAAAACUAUUUACGUGAACUCGUGAAAUUUUUGCCGGAUUCAUUUCCAAAAAUUGUUCAAAUUUUAUUUUCAAAAUAAAAAAUUGGCAUUUCAAUACCCAUGAAAAUAAUUGAACCAAAAUGUUUAAUUUUUCAGAAAACUCGUGCACAUCAUCGACUCGAAGACAAUGUUCCUGAAGAAAUAAAACAUCGUCGACAUUCAGAAUUGACACAAGUUUUCAGAGAAGAAUCACUUGAAUUGAAUAAGAAAUUGAUUGGAACACAACAAAUUGUUCUUGUUGAAGGAGUUUCGAAAAGAAAUGAACAACAUUUGCAAGGAAGAAUUGACGGAGGAGUCAAAACUGUUUUCGAUGGUUCGAAUGAGAAGAUCGAGACUGGUCAAUAUGUGAAUGUUCGAAUCACUGAUGCAACAUCUCAAACACUUCGAGCACAAUUUUUAGGAAUUUGUUAA